GUGGUUCUAGGUACGUGAAUGGCUUAAAUCGCCUUUAUACAUAAACUCACUACAGCAGCCAUAAACAGAUAUUGUGUAACAUAAUGUUAUAACUUAAAACACGAUACAGUUGUUAUCUGUGCUGUUUUCCAUUAGCCCGUGCCGAGCUCUCAGUUGAUGGAGACGAGCGGAGAGCGGGCGCGCGAAAAUUGGCUAGUAGACACAAAGGUAGCAGGUGCCAGAGAAACAAUUUGCAUUUUUCAGUCACGCGCACAGUCCGUAAUAGGAGGUCGUCGUUAAUUUUAACGGUAAAUGCAUUUUCUCGCAUCCAUCAACGACAAACCUUCUUUGCAGGGGUAGUGACAGGAGUUUAAGCACAGAUGAUUCACGUCUAAGGAGUUUGACUGACCUCUGAACAACUUUCGAGUGUUUCACGUUGAAUAAAGACUGAAAACCUAAUUGAAGUAAUUAAUUAUGCUCUACGGUUCGUCAAGUCAACACUUACUUCCCUUGGUGGAACACUUAGGGCCGGUUAAUAAAACAAAUUUUAACCGUCGUUUAACAAAACCGCAUUCUAAGCCUUCUUCAAUUUAGCCGAACCUUUUAUCCAAGAAUCAAUUUUUUGUAAACAGUGUCAACAGGCCGAUAUCUAAAAGUAGACGGACAUCUAUUUAAAUCAAAUCAACCCUCUUAUGGAGAGUCACCGAGGCCCACUGCUUGCGUAAAACCGCGGUUUGGGUUGGAUCUCGUUUAAAUAAGCGGCCCUUAAAGUUUCAAUUUCCAUAUUAACGAACUAAGCGUUUAUUCCUUGUUACCGAUCUUUUGUUGUAUGGAUGAUUGUAUUAAACUAAGGAAUAUUAGUGUCACUUCACUUGACCUUGCCACUAAAGCCCAUUGUGCUUUUGUCCAAUGAGGAACGUUUUUUAUUACUUGUAAUCGGUCUCUUGUGAUUCAGACACUUUGAUUUUAAAAUGUGUAAAUAGAUGCACUUGCUGUGUUUGCGUUGCUAUCGAGUUCAGAACUAGGUCAAACGGAAACAAUUCGCCCAUACACAAAGCGAUAUGUCUGGAGGAGGUGGCUGGUUUGUAUUUAUUGAACUGAUUCGUCAAGUCAAGUAAAGAUAAAGACUUGCGGAAUCUACUAAUGAGAAUUGGAUUUCAUGACCUAAGGAUUCAUUGCAUUACAUGGAGGACAUUAAGUGCAGAAUAGAUUGGAAUACAAAACAAUUUUGACAAAACAAGGGCAGGACAAAGGAAAUAAAUUGAAAGAACUGAAGUGAUUAGCAAGAUGUGGGCUUUCGAGCUCAGAGGGAAACAAUCAAGUAAGAGAGAGAUCCAACUGGACUGCGCGGUUUAGAGAACCUUUGUAGUAACAUUGUGCUAUUUUUAUCAAGCAAGUUGAAGCCGGUUUAGAAAAGGGUCUUUUUAAAAUUAAAUUCUCAUGAAGAAUAAGCGCGGAAAAAAAAAGAGUAAAGGCAAGAACCGUCAAAGGUAUGGCAGAGAAAACACAGCUAACGCCAGUGAAAUGAAUUCGCUUACAGAAAAGGUCAAGGACAUAAAAUCAGGUAGAUUUCAGUUCAGUCUUGUUGGUGAUGAUCAUUACAGUUUUUACGAGAGAACUUCAGUGAAACUCGAGGCCGAGAAGGGAUGUAAAAGUUCUGAAUGUUCUAUUGAGAAUGAGGGAGUACAAACGAAAUCCAAGGAGACUAAAGGUCAACAUAGAUCGGCUUUGCCGCCUUUGAAAGAUUUAACAAAAUCACAACAACGGAAGCAGUUGACAAGAAAUGCUUGCGGUCAAUCGAAACUCGAUACGACACUUCGAAACGACGGAAAUCACAGGAAAGAAAACAUUACCUCAACCUCCUCUGAGAAGUCAAAGACGCUCGCGAGUGUAUCUUUUGUAGGUAUAUACGAUUUGGAUGACAUGAAUAACACCCAAGUAAACAGGGAAUAUGGUGUUUUAAACUUAGACAAUGAAAAAAAAGUUGAAGGAGAGAGCGAUGAAGACAAAUCCAGAGAACAGGUCGAAAAAACGUCAGGGUAUGUAAUUCAAACUUUAACGCUUGAAGGGGAGAGUCAUUUCAAUAGGAAGGAAUCACUCCAUAAUAAACUCAUCCUUCCUGGAAUAAAACAGAACAAAAAGUUUAUUGGCGAUAAAGUUGAAACAUUUCAGAGACGCGAAUCAUUGUUUAAAGAAAGAGAAAAAAACAACAGACUUCCAAGGUUAGUUCAUAGUAACCAGAGACCUCCUAGGAUUGUUCAACGCUUUUCAAAACGGAUUCAGGGCAAUCGUAGGGGAAAAACUCGAACAAAUCAUAAGUCUUUUGAACAAGUUUAUUUAGAGAGAGAAAUUCCUCGGUUGCCACUUGUUUUAAAUGGACGAAUAACUCAAUUUUGAUUUCCUCAAACUCUACUUUAAUUACGAUUGGUUGUAUGCAAGCCUCUUCUUUUCUUUCCAUUUCCGUGAUUCACAGUGCAGUCAUCGUACAAUAAAUUUCUAGAAUCUAUAAUUGGUCAUGGUUUCCUUUGUCAUUUUCUAGCUGUUAAAAAAUGUUUUGUCGGUGUGUUUCCAAGCUUUUGCUUACGCUGAUCUAUGCAAAAAAUGUAAAGCCACACUUGCAGAUUACUUAACCGAUCUCAAUCGACGGUGCGAUCUCUGAGAGGAGCACUGCUAAACCAGUGAAGCAGUAUUUUCUCUUGAUCAUUUGAUACGCAAAUGCUAGAGAAAUCCAAAAGCAUUUCUAGUGUCGUCAUGUAUCCUCUUCUCCUAGUUGUUAAAUGCAUUUAGUCAACAAGUCCGUGUGGGAAAGACGUCAGACACUAAUGAACUUAUGGAUCAGAGAGAGUGCUUUUUUGUCUGAACACAAUGCUAAUCAGCUCUAAGGUGCUCAUACUAAACUUAACAUCAGCAGGCCUUAAGUUUCCAUUGUCGCUGUUACACAAAGGUGCGCAGUAGUAGGCAAAGAAAAGAGGAUUGAAAUGAUACACAAGACAAGUGUAGUCUAAAAAGACAAAAUGGCGCACAGUGGUUGGCAAAGACAAGUGAAGUGUAAUGAUACACAAAGGCGCGCCGUGGUUGGCAAAGACAAGAGUACUGUAGUUUUUUAACGAAGUAAGCGUAUGAGAAUCGAAAAAAACUUACUUAACAUAAAAAAAACUCGUUUAACUUUAAGUCUUUUGGGGGCUGCUAUGGAAAAUUAAACUGAAAAUUAUAUUUCCAGUACUUAUGUGCGUUAACAACUAGAAAUGAAAUAAAUGAAAUGAAAUGAAAACAUUCAAAACCCUGACGGCUUCAUGAGGAAUUUUUCCAAUAUAUUACAGUGAUUCUGAGAACUGUUCAGUAUGACCAUCUGGCGUGACUUCAUUGUCGUAUUUUAACUUGGCGCAGCAAUGUUACCAGUGGAAAACGCUCCGGGGACGAGACUGGAAUGCAACACCUCACAACGAUGCAUCACACCAAGUAACUGUACAUUUCCGUACAUAGUGAAGGGUGUGAAACCGAAAACAUAGAACAACUUCCCCCCCCCCCAAAAAAAAAAUGAUUCAUCGCAGUUUCUAUGGAAAUCAUUCGUGCUUACGCAUGGAAAUUUAGAUUAAAGAUUUCGAGAGAAAGAAUUUACAACAAAAAAUGAAAAAACUGUCUAGUGGAAAACCUUCACCGAAAGGCGUCAAUGAUCUCAACCAGUGUCCACCUUCGUUCCCAGUGCCUCCAUCUCCUCCACCCACCAAAUCGUUGCGAAAGAUAGAGACUCUGGGAACAAGUAACUUGUUCGAUGUAUUUGUUUGUAUUACCGCUGUUUAUUUCCUUACAUAAUGCAUCGAUUAUUUCCCACUUUACGAUAACUUUUUCUUUCUUGCAUACCGUAUGUAUGUGAUCAUCAUAUGCAGACGGACGUUUUCCUACAGUUAACAGCAGUCAUCUGGCACGUUGACAACACUUUCUUGUCUACAAUGUUACCAAGCUAAAAAGCCGCAUUUGUCAAAUAAACAUCUUCCAAUUACUUUAAAUAACUCUUUAGUACUUUGCUCUGUGAACUUCAUCACUUGCUCCUGUCGUCAAUACAGACCUUAGUAUUCUAUACGUACAGACGGACCACACAGGUUUCUUAUUUUGAAAAGCUUUCACCACAUCAAGCAAAACGUUGUUCUCCUUGAGUAAUUACUAAUUAACUGUUUUAGGCUGCAGUUUUCUAUUGGGAGUAAUUUGUAGCCUUUUGUUUAAAGAGAGAUUAAGGCAAUGUCGUCAAUGAAGAUUACCAUCAAAUUAUUUCAUAUAUCUUGCUCUGUUUCGAAAGGUGUAAUAUGUACUACACUUCUGACAGUUAGAGCUUCGAGCUUAUUUCGAGGAUUUUCAUCCACCCCGCUUCCUGCUGAAAAACGUUUCUUCUCAAAUACUGUAAAUUUAAUGGAAAGGUUGACACACUUCUAAUGCACAUUUUUACAACAGUUAUUGAACGAACAAAGUAAUCUUCAAACUGUCAACAUCGCAAUUUAACGAACGCUGUGUUUGCACUGAAAGUAAACAGUCACAAAGCGAGAAAAAUCGCUCACGCCUAAUGGAAUGAAAAUUUUAACAAGAUUAGAUAUGAUCUGUUUUCAUGACGACGCAAACUUCGACACCAACACGAAACAAUGGCGAAACUAAACAAGUACAAUGUGUUAUUCGAAGACAUUCAAAUCCAACUACGAAGACCAACCGUUCCAAGUGUCACAGAGGAGAAGACUAGUCUUAAAAAACCUCCAUUACUUUUGCCGAAGUCGAAAGCAAAAGAAACUUUAUCGAGGACAGAAAAGGGCCUACAAGUCGACUUAGAACUGAAUGUUCGUGGUUUUAGCAGGAAGGACAACAAAAGCUUUGGUAAGCGGACAAAACGGAAAGGCGAGAAAAAAAA